ACGGUCAAUUUGACUGUUCCGUAGAAGCGCUCAGGAAAAUUGUACUAAAUGGUUAAUUUGCGUAGAGUUUUGUAGCUUUACCAAAUCGACAUAGUGGCUAGCCAUUCUUUCAUGGCAUCUUUCCAAAUCACCUUAUUUGUUGUGAUAUCUACAGCGAUUCAGCAGGUCCAUCUAACAAGCUAGCUCAGGCUUAGCAUAACUAGCUAACUGAUGUUCAGUAGGAAACAUAGCUACACAGACAUAGCUAGGUGAACGUGCCGGGUGCUUGCUAACUUCUCUAAUUUCGUGCGUCCUUGCGAUUUAAUCUAAAUUGUUUCUCUGACGAACUGUUUUAUAGCCAACAAACAAUGCAUUUCUACAAGUCUAAUGUUUAUUCCAUGUAAUUGACAAGAAGAUAGCUAGCUAACUUUGCUGGCUAACACCGCCCGGCUAGCUUCAGCUUGCUCGUUUUUGGUAACGUUACUCUUUGUUUUGACAAAGGACCUGAUAUUUUUUUUCUUCCAUAUUUGGAAUAUACCUGGGACAUUUUUGUAUUUCCUGGGCCAUGUCUCCCCAGAAGCACGGUUCUUCUGACGGCGGCAACAACGUAUCGGGUCCCGUUGUGGGAUACGUUGGUACCGGUGGCGGCAGAGCGAACGGCCGUGUCUACCACCACCAAACAACUGCAGUUGUGGUGCCCGCAGCCAAGAAGCCGAAAAUGGAACUGGUUCAAGCCGAUCAUGAGUUGUUCUUGCAGGCAUUUGAAAAACCGACCCAGAUCUACAGGUUUCUCAGAACAAGGAACUUGAUAGCGCCCAUAUUUCUGCACAGAACCCUCACCUACAUGUCCCACAGAAACUCCAGAACAAACGACAAACGGAAGUCCUCCAGGGUGGAUCACCUGCUGUACAGAGUGGAGAAGAAGAGGGCUGAGCAGAAGACACACAGCCUGGCUUCACACCUGCAACUCACCUUCACUGGGUUCUUUCAUAAAGUCGAGAAGUCAUCAGUAGCCUCAGAGAAUGAGCAGAACUCUGUUUCUCUAGAGGUGCUGCUGGUUAAAGUCUGUCACAAGAAGAGGAAGGAUGUGAGCUGUCCAGUGAAGCAGGUUCCUACAGGGAAGAAGCAGGUGCCUCUGAACCCAGACAGCAGCACUUCCAGCAGUCAGCCCAAGCCAGGCUCCUGUCCUUCUCUGGUGGUGUCCAGUAGUGAGUUUGAUGCCAGCAACGGCCACACGGUCAAGUCCUACUCCCUGUUGUUCAGAGUGUCUGGACCAGGCAGGACGCAGCACAACGGACUGGUCAAUGGACAGACCAAUGAGAAUAUAGAGGAUGUGUGUAACAGGAAGAAGAGAAGCUCCACCGUCAGACAAGAAGAAGUGGGAGAAACAACGUUCGUAGCUCAGAUGACUGUGUUUGAUAAGAACAGGCGUCUGCAGUUGUUAGAUGGAGAGUAUGAGGUGUCUAUGCAGCAGAUGGUGGACUGUCCUGUCAACAAGAAGAGAGCCACCUGGGAAACCAACCUGGAUGGAAAGCUCCUUCCUCCGUUUGAGACGUUCUCCAAGGGUCCUACUCUCCAGUUCACACUGCGUUGGACAGGCGAGCCCAGUGAUAGGUCGACAGCCCCUGUGGCCAAACCCCUCGCCACGCGGAACGCUGACGCUAGCAGCCUGACCUCCGACCCUAGGCCCUGCUCCCUCAGACCCACUCAGACCGUAGCUGUGAAAGACUCCUUCAGCAGUACAGCAUUUCAGAUGAGACGAGAACACACACUUGAGGAACCAAGUGACAAUCUACGCAUUUUCUACCAGUUCCUGUAUAACCACAACACACAGCAGCAGACCGAGGCUAGAGAUGACCUCCACUGUCCCUGGUGCACUCUGAACUGUAGGAGACUCUACAGUCUCCUCAAACACCUCAAACUGGCCCACAGCAGAUUCAUCUUCAACUACGUGCCCCACCCUAAAGGAGCGAGGAUAGACGUGUCUAUUAAUGAGCGUUACGACGGGGCGUACGCUGGGAAUCCUCAGGAUGUUCACAGUCAGCCCGGCUUCGCCUUCAGCAGGAACGGACCCGUCAAGAGAUCCCCUGUCACACACAUCCUCGUCUGCAGACCUAAGCGUCUUCUCCCCCCCAGUCUGUGUGAGUUCCUGGAGGCUGAUGGAGAAGAGGGAGACCAGCAGAGAAUCAUCCCUGGUCACAACCGUCUCUACUUCCGCUCAGACAGCUGUACCCCCAAAACCCCCCAGGAGAUAGAUCACGACAGUGAGGAUGAGACGGACCCCUUCUGGCUCCGAGAGAGGACCAUCAUGCAAAUCCAGGAGUUUACAGACGUGAACGAUGGAGAGAAGGAGGUGAUGAAGCUAUGGAACCUUCACGUUAUGAAGUAUGGCUACAUAGCAGAUAACCAGAUGAACGGAGCCUGUCUGGCGUUUGUGGAAGGUUGCGGUGCGUACAUUGCCAGGAAGAACCUCUGUAGGAACUUCCUGUUACACCUGGUCAGCAUGCAUGACUUUAAACUGGUUACCACGACAACCAUCAACCAGGCCAUGACACGCCUCCGACACAUCCAGCAGACCCAGCGGCAGGAAGGAGGAGAGGGGGAUGGAGGAGAGGAGUGGGUGACAGCGCUGGGGUCUCCGUCUGAGCUGCAACCCGACUAUGCCACAUGUAAUGAUGACCACACGGAUGGUAAGAGUAACCAUGGUAAUGGCCGCACGAAUGGAAACGGCGAUGGUGAUGAAGCUGGUAGUUCUGUUGCUGUGGAAACAUCCAGGCCGAGCAAGAGGCAUAAGUUCUGAGGUACCCUCCUCCGGCCCUCUCCUGGAGGAGGGAUAAGUAUCUAAAAUGAUGCCCGGUGAUUGGCUGUGAAAGAGGGUGUGGUGGUGGUGAUUGGAGGGAAUAAGAGAGACUCAUGAUGACAUCAUUCCAAACAAGCACUGGGGUGUUGGGUUUACUGUAUAGAGGUGGUGGGCCAGAAUAAUUUCAGGCAAUUUGGACACACACACACAUUGUCCCACUGGUUAUAGCAGGGAAACCUUCAUCUAGUGUUUUCCCAUGUCUGGUUAUUCAGUCUAGCUUGAUGUCAAUAGACUGAUGUUACAGUGACCAUGAGUUGUGUAAACACAUCACUUCAGCAAUAACUUAGUCUGAGUCCCAACUGGCACCAUAUUCCUUUAUACUAGUGUGCACUACUUUUCACCAGGCCCUGCUGUAGGCUAGCAUUCUGUCCAGGGGGUGUACUGGUACAUCAAGCUGUCUGCUGUAGACUAGCGUUCUGUCCAGGGGGUGUACU